AUGUCAGGAAAAGUACACGGUGGAAAGGGUAAGUCGGGAGCCAAAGACAGUGGUUCAUUGAAAUCACAAUCACAUUCUGCUAGAGCUGGUCUUCAGUUUCCGGUUGGGAGAGUGAAGCGUUAUUUGAAGAGAAAUGCUGCUGGAAGAACCCGUGUUGGGUCCAAGGCUGCUAUUUACUUGACUGCUGUUCUUGAGUAUUUGACUGCUGAAGUUUUGGAAUUGGCUGGUAACGCUGCUAAAGAUUUGAAGGUGAAGAGAAUUACCCCAAGACAUUUACAACUUGCUAUCAGAGGUGAUGAUGAAUUAGACUCCUUGAUCAGAGCCACUAUCGCUUCUGGUGGUGUUCUACCUCAUAUCAACAAGGCUUUGUUGUUGAAAGUGGAAAAGAAGCAUAAAUGA